GAGGGGACGGCGCGAGAGACGCACAUUCACGGAGAAAAGACCGUUUCUGGAUCCCGGCUCUGUUUCCGCUCUCCAUCCGGGGCCUAAUGCUGUAGCGGACCGCGCGCGAGGACAGAGCGCGACCGAGAGCCGACGCAGCGACCGAGAGCCGGAGAGGGACAGGGCGGACCGGGGGACACGACGGGACUGCUCGCUCGCCUGGGAACGACAUGGGCUGCACACUGAGCGCCGAGGAGCGCGCGGCUCUGGACCGGAGCAAAGCCAUCGAGAAGAACCUGAAGGAGGACGGGCUGGUGGCCGCCAAGGACGUCAAGCUGCUCCUGCUCGGCGGCGGAGAGUCCGGGAAAAGCACCAUCGUGAAGCAGAUGAAGAUUAUCCAUGAAGAUGGCUUUUCUGGGGAUGAUGUGAAGCAGUAUAAGCCUGUGGUCUACAGCAACACCAUCCAGAGCUUGGCGGCCAUCCUUCGAGCCAUGGACUCACUCGGUAUCGAGUUUGGAGACAAGGAUCGAAAAGCUGACGCCAAGCUGGUUUGCGACGUCGUCAGUCGUAUGGAGGACACGGAGCCGUACUCUGCGGAGCUUCUCGCUGCCAUGAAGCGUUUGUGGGCCGAUGCUGGGACUCAGGAGUGCUUCAACCGCGCUCGGGAAUAUCAGCUCAACGACUCCGCUCAAUACUACCUGGACAGUCUAGACCGGAUCGGAGCGGCAGACUACCAGCCCACAGAGCAGGACAUCCUGAGGACUCGAGUGAAGACCACAGGCAUCGUCGAAACCCACUUUACCUUCAAAAACCUCCAUUUCAGGCUGUUCGACGUUGGAGGUCAAAGGUCAGAGAGGAAAAAGUGGAUCCACUGCUUUGAGGAUGUGACGGCCAUCAUCUUCUGCGUUGCUCUGAGUGGUUACGACCAGGUGCUCCAUGAAGACGAAACCACCAACCGCAUGCAUGAAUCGCUCAUGCUCUUCGACUCCAUCUGCAACAACAAGUUCUUCAUCGACACCUCCAUCAUCCUCUUCCUCAACAAGAAAGAUCUGUUCGCUGAGAAGAUCAAGAAGUCGCCGCUGACGAUCUGUUUUCCAGAAUACACAGGUGCUAACACUUACGAAGACGCUACGGCUUAUAUUCAGGUUCAGUUUGAGAGCAAGAACCGCUCCCCCAACAAGGAGAUCUACUGUCACCUGACCUGUGCCACAGACACAGGAAACAUCCAGGUAGUGUUUGAUGCCGUCACUGACAUCAUUAUUGCAAACAACCUUAGAGGGUGUGGCUUAUACUGAGUCCCGCCCAGAAGCACAUGGGUUGUCGUGGAGCGUGAGGUGUUGAUAAUGAUCAUUUUGAUGAUGCUUAAACACAUAAAAUAUGUAAUUCUACACGUCCAAAACGGACCCAAAGAGCUGCCGUCAGACAUCGGAUCAUUGCCACGAUUUGUUUCCCCCCUCUUUGAUUUCAGUAUGACCUCCCCCCCCCCCCCCCCUUUUGUCUGUUAAAAUGUUUUUGAGCUGAAUGUUUCAUCUUCUGUCGAUGACUGUGCGAGCACCAGGAGUUCAUUCAGCUGGAGCUUUGUCCUGCUUCACGCUAAGAACCCAGAAACGCAACACAAGGAGCAUCCGACGCCGCUCCUCAACUCAAAACGUACGACGCGGUGACAAGCGCCCUGAAUUCAGCCUCUGGUGCUCCGUUUGACGAGCUGCUGUGCGUGAAGGUGGAGAUGAUGAUGAGGAUGUCAGGGAGGUGCUGCGCUUGUGGCCGAGGGUCACAGAUGGAAGGGAGGAGGCUGUGUUCACGUUCCUUCAAACCUACAUGUGACCCGAGUAGCCUGCAGGUCCGUUCCACUCUGUUUUCUCUUUUUACGUCCAAACAAUGAAAGAAAGGACUCUUGUGUUCGGGGCGCUCGCUUCCUGUAACACGAACAAAACCAAACGGCCAACGAUAUGUCAAAGGAAAAACGAACACGUCUGAGCCGACCAUCUGAGGAGGACAGACCUGUGGAAUCAGAAAUUAUCUCUCGUUCUAUCAGCUAUAUUAUUUAAUGAAAGUAUAUAAAAUUUUAUAAUUAUUAAAGAAUUUAUUCUCAUGCCCUACAUCCCUCCUCCUAGAAUCCCGUGCUCAUAUUUAUUUCCUUUGAUGGAAAAAACGGGGGCGCACAGGGAGCAGCUCUCCGGUGACGUCUCACGUGAGACUGUACAAAAGGACGAGUUCACGGAGAGAACCUCGUGUGAGGCAGUCGCUCUGGGGAUUUUAAAAACUUGUCCCCUCCCGUCCUCCAAACGUCUGUACGGCUCCCCCGGUUUCUUCAUCCUCCCACUCGUUUUAUCAUAUCAGUCCUCCCGUCCCAUCUCCAUUUUCACCUUAAAAGCACCGUACUGUAUAUAUAUUAUUAUUAUACCAGAUUCUGUUUUUUUUUUACUGUCAAUGUUUUUGUGCCGCACCCCAUCCUGUUCAGUAGUUUAUUGGUUGCUCUCAUGUGGAAUGUUUGUGCUGAGUCAAUCGAAUGUUGUGUUUACAUUAAAGCCACUCUUUUUCCUAACUA